GUUCAAUUUUUUUUUCAAACUCUAUUCAUUCGAAGCCAGCGCAAUAAAUCAUUGUAUUCAUCUUACCGCAAAAAUGGGAGUCAAAACUCGCGAUUUCCAGCCGAAGCCACAUUUCCAAUCUCAUCACGAACAAGACUCUACCACUACACGCAACAGUAAAACUGUUAUCUUGCAGAAAAAAGAUGCCAACUUUACUACCGGCCGUACAUUCGCCCAUUUCCUGCUGGAGUUAUGUGGUUUUGUCUUAUUUUUUGGCUAUGCGGCAAUCACGAUGAAAAGUGUUUGUGAUCGUUUCAUGGCUGACGGUGCAAGCCCCAUCAUGGCCUACCGCAUGCUCGUCGCUGUUGUACUUGGGAUGAGCGCGGCCGACCUCACUUCUGGAGUCGUGCACUGGGCUGUCGAUAACUGGGGUGAGAGCGACUUUCCAGUCCUAGGAUCAGUCUUCUUUCGUCCUUUCCAUCAUCAUCAUUCGGAUCCUUCUGCUAUAACUACCCACGGCUUCAUCGAAAGAAACGGCAAUAAUUUCUUGGUCAGUCUACCAGGAAUCUGGGCUGCAGCAAAUGCCAUUACGUAUCCAGACCCUUCAUCAAGCUUCGCACUCGCUAGCUUCUGGCUUGCCUACACGAUGUGCUCCGGAUUCGCCAAUGAGAUCCAUUGCUUUGCGCAUAUGAAGAACCCUCCCUGGAUCGUUCAAAAGCUCCAAGACUUUGGGUUGCUGGUGUCACGACGGGAUCAUCAAGUGCAUCAUAUGCGUCCGCACGAUCGCAACUACUGUCUCGUGACAGGUUGGAUGAAUGGUCCAUUGACUGCAAUUGGCCUUUUUGAGGCCAUGGAAGGAGUGAUCAACAAAGUAACAGGCUCCGUUCCACUUCAUGCGCGGAUUGGAAAGGGUCAUGGUGCUUAGUCUCAAUCGACUGAAGGACCUUGGGAUCAGUAACAACGUAACAACAAUGUCAUUGUAGGACUUUUUGGAGGAUUUUAUAUUUGGUAUACUGAGGGGACUUCUCUUAAGGGGUCGCUUGAUUAGCGAGAGAUCCAGCCAUUUGCAUCGCGUUUUUGUUGGUCAUGUCACGAGGCGAGAACAGAACUAUUGAGGUCAUAGAGUAUAGAGAGCGAUAUCAGU